GGAUCCAUACUUGACGUUAUUCCAGACUUGAAGGCAUUCAGACCUUGUUGGGAGAGCGAUUGUCCAGAUCGAUCAUCAACCAAACGAUCACUCGUUUACAAUGACGUAUGUCUGGUCAAAGGGUCUUGGCGAAUGGUCCACCACCGAGAGGAUCACGAUGAUCAACUUGACAUCACUUUACGUGAUAUUCAAUAGUCCAUGCAAGCCUUCAGUUUGGUUACAUCGCAGCCUUGGGCACACGAAAGAUCGGUUACCGUGUACUCAAAGUUGUAUAGAGGUCUGUUUACGUUAUCAACCUCGAUAUUUCCUAGCAACACUCUUCCUCACCUACGUCUGGCCUACGUCGAACUCACUCGUCUCUGUUGAGCCAAGCUUAUUCACGGUAAACACGGCUCUGGGCCAUUUGUCCUGGGAUCUCGUGUUAGAUGCACGCUUCAUUUACCCGGGAGAAGCCAAGGCCCAUGAGGAGGUGCGGAGAGCCGAAUACCAAACCUCCCGUAAGAAGCUUGUCGGCGAUGCUAACCUCCGGUACGGCUAAAUGAGCGAACCUCGCGGUCGGGUCAAGCCUCCGGUCUCCCAGGCUUCAACAAUGGAGAGGGGAAAUGGUAGUAUGUGAUCGGUCACCAACGCUUGAUGAGAUUUUAUUAAGGUACGAGCGGGUAAAUAAUAUGGCAAGAUCUCCAUGACAUGGUUCCGUUCCCACGGUACCGGU